AUGGGAGCUUGUUCAAGUAAUUCUUCUACCCCUGAAGCAAUUAAACUAAAUAUAUUCCUUUAAUCUCUUCUUAAUCAUAAUAAUGAUAAGUAAUUUACUUCUCCUAUUGGUUCAAUUAAAGAUGAACCUUAAUUAUAAGUUGAAAAUUUCAAUUUAUAAAUAUGGAAUCAGUUUGAAGCCUUAAGAUAUGUCAGAGAUGAUUAAAAUUAGUUUUAUAACAUUUUUGCUUUCUUUGCAUUAAAAUAGAUUGUUGAGAAUAAUGAUUAGGAUUUGUUAUAAAAAAUUUGCAGAGCAACCGAAUUAAUAGAGUGGUAGUUAUAUUUAAAAGGAAAAUAAAUUCUAAAAAACUAAAAGUACUUGAAAAAUAAGUUUUUAAUUCUAAUAAAAAAGGUAUUCAAAGAGAAUCUUUUUGAAUUGUAUUAUUCUAAUAUGCAAAAUAAUUUUAACUUUUUUGUUUUAUGCAUAAUUUUUAUUCGUAACUGGAUUUUUAGUAUUACAGAAAUGAAUACUGAGAAGAUCAAAAACUAAAAUGAAAAGAAAAAAAUUUUGGAUUGGGAUGUCCAAUUCGACUUAGCAGAUUAAACUUUAUUAAAAGAUAUAGUUGAAAAUAUGAACAUGUAAUAGUUAUUUAUAUUAAUAGGAAACUAAACAUAUUUGAUGUGCAAACUUAAUCAUUUUUGUAGUUCGGAACAGCAAAAAGAGAAAAUUUUAUAAUUAAAGGAUAAAAUGAGCUUUAUAUUGGUCAUCCUAAGGGUUGUUUCUAGAAAAGUGGACCUUCUGCCAUUAUUUAUCAAUUAUAUAAGUAAACUAAUUAGGCUAGAAAUGUAGCUGUUGAAUAAUAGAAAUUUGUUAGUGAAGAUUUGAAUUAAUAAGAGUUAAUUUAUGAAUAUUCAAUGAAUCAAGCCAUGUUUUCAUAAAUCAAGUUAAGAGGGUUUAAAAGAGUGAGAGGAGAUGGAAAUUGUUUUUAUACUGCCUUCGUUUAUUAAUAUCUUUUAAUAGUACUAACAAAGUUUGAAGAUUCACAAUUUUAAUAGUUUUUAGAAAUUUUAUAAAAAAUUGAUUUUAACCUUCUUCAUGAGACAAUAUCACACUUUCCAAAUGAAAUUAGGAAAGAUUUAAAACAAAUAUUUGUCAGUUUUAUUUAUGAAAUUCUUGGAAAAAAAAAUUAGAUAUAAUCAUUUGAAAAUGAGUUUAAAAAUACAAAAAGUAUUUUUUAUGCCUUAUCUAUUAUCUACGCAAAAAAUCUCAUUCAAUAUUAUUUGGAAAAUAAGUAAAUCAAUUCUUUGAGUAUUUAGUUCUGAGUAUAAAGUUCUUUUGGGUGAAGAAGCAGAGCAAUAAAUUUAAUAAUGGGAACUAGAAACAGAUAAUAUUUAAGUGUUAUUAGUUAUUUUAGCAAAUUGUUUAAAUCUUAAUUUGCACUUCUAUUUUAUAGAUUCUGAUAAUAAGUAGCUUGAUUUACAAAAAUAUUAAAAAGAUUAAGAUAACUUAUCAUUACCUAGAUAGGAUAUUUAUUUACUAUUUAGUCCUGGACAUUAUUGCAUUGGUUUACCUUUAGAAAAUUUAAAAUGA